UGUUUAUUUUCACACAUUCUCAGUUACACACACAAACAUAAAAAAAAACUUGGCUGUCUUGUUCGUUUACUUGUUUCUCUCCCGAUGUCGACUUCUCCGGUGAAGACCAAGACUCUUCACAACUUCUCUCUUCCGUGUCUUAAAUGGGCCCACAAGAACUCCACUCCACGUCAGCGUACCAGACUGCCCGAUUCCCCUCACAACCCGUCUUCCCAACCCGAAAACGACCCGAAUCACCCACCUGCCCCAACGCAAGCCGGCCCAGAAGCUCUUGACGGGCCCGAAGAUUGUUCAGCUAAGCCCUGGAAUUUGCGGCCCAGAAAGUGUGCUUCUGCUCAAACGGCGCUGCGUGAGGCUAGUGAGCCGGCGGCGGUUGAGAAGGAGAAAGAUGGGGCCCAGAAGAGUGAGAGGAGGGAUAAGAAGACGAAGCUUUGGAUAACAUUGUCUCGUGAAGAAAUUGAAGAAGAUUUGUAUUCGAUGAAUGGGUCCAAACCAGCUCGAAGACCCAAGAAAAGAACCAAAGCUAUUCAAAAACAAGUUGAUGAGGUUUUCCCUGGAUUGUAUUUAGCUGGAGUUACUGUGGAUUCGUAUCGAGUUCAGCAUUCGUUGUAGAUGGCCGAAAGAGGGGACUUGAGUCUUGACAGGAUCAGGGAUUGGAGGUAUAAUUUAAUAAGUAUGCCUAGUAGUACAAGUAAGAGAUAGGGUUUGGGUUUGGAGAAGCUCGGGCUUCGGUAAUUAUGAUUAGGGGCAUUUGUUAGUUAUGGUAAUCUAGUAGAUUAUGAGAAUUAUAUAUAUAUACAUGAUUAUAAUAAUAUUGGAUAAGUAGAGAUGUUAUGUAGCUCUGAUUUGAGUUUGGAAUUAGUUACUGUUCUAUUGUCAGAUGUUUUAUGUUUUCUUAGAAAUGAUAAUGCCUCUCGUCAA